AGUUUCGGGCAGAAUUGGGGGCGGAGCCAAAGUGAGUGCCUUUCUGCAGAGCCGGAGAGAGAGACGCGGGAACCAUGGCGGGUGGAAUGCAAGUGAACAAGAACAAAUUCAUUGAAGACUGGAACGCAGCAAGGGAGAAUCUUGAGCACAACUUCCGAUGGACCCGCCGGAAUCUGGCACUCGUCGGUAUCUUCGGCAUCGCCGUCCCCAUCCUCGUCUACAAGGGGAUCAUCAACGAAUUCAAUAUGCAGGAUGAGGAUGCGGGGAGACCCUACAGGAAGUUCGUCGGACAAAAAUAGGGACAACAAAUCUGUUUUUCUGUGUAAUAAUGAUGGGGUUCUAGGGGCUUGUUCUGCUGGAUUUGUUACCAAGUUACAACCUCAAGGAGUGAGGGAGUCAUCCUUUUACAAGUAGAAGCAAUUUCAUCUUUAGAAGAGGAUGGAGCACGGUCAAGUUCCUCUCGUGUUUUCUUUGAAGAGAAAAGCAAGAAGAUCAGCAAUUUAAUGAACUCACAGUUAGGCGUUGGUUUUAGUGUUUGUGUGCAUUUAUUUCUCUAAGUACAUGCUUUGCAAAGCAAUUCAUGAGUCCAGAACUUGCUGCUUUCGAUUGUCUUAGUUAUGUUGGCAGUUCAGUUCAGCAACGAAAAUCUUUUUUGGGUACACUCAGCUCUGUAGGAUCAUGUAGGCCGAAGAUGACCAAACCUGACCUGAUCUGACAUCUGAGUAGCUUUUUUGUAUUGAUUGCUAGCGGUUAGCAUGGACAGGAAAGAAACUGGGUCCUUUUUUCUUUGGCUUGCAAAUUCUUGUUCGAUCUUAUAAAAUUGGCUUGCAAAUGGAAU